GGACGGCAAGUCUUUCGGCGUCUAUAAAACCCAAACCCCAUACUCUUUUCCAUUACAAAGAAGAAGAGGGUAGACACAAAGAGAGAUGACGGAGGUCGCAAUAACGGAGAUUAACGGCGCCGUCAAGCGUCACGAUCUGAAAUCGAUCCUCUCCGGCGAAGGAAGAGAUUUUCUCGUUAGGAACAACGGCGAUCAGGUGAAGGUAAGUAAUCUUCAGGGAAAGGUUGUCAGCCUAUACUUCUCAGCCUUAUGGUGUGGACCCUGCCGCCGGUUCACCCCAAAAUUGGUUGAGGCAUACAAUGACCUCUCCUCGAAGAAUGCUGACUUUGAAGUUGUGUUUGUAUCAGCUGACAAAGAUGAGGAAUCCUUCAACAAGUACUUCUCUGGAAUGCCUUGGCUUGCCAUUCCUUUCUUCGACUCUGCUACCCGUCAUCAACUCGAUGAGCUUUUCAAUGUGCGAGGGGUACCCCAUCUUGUGGUUCUUGAUAUGAAUGGCGAGGUGGUUAAUGAUAAGGGUGUCCGAGCUGUGCUAGAUUAUGGUUCAGAUGCUUAUCCGUUCACUCAAGAGAGGAUUGAAAAGAUGAAAUUAGAUGCAAAGGCUGCCAAAGAGAAUCAAACACUUCAAAGUGUCUUGGUUUCCUCCUCUCGUGACUUCUUGAUUUCAGACAGUGGAGAUAAGGUACCUGUAUCAGAGCUUGAAGGGAAGAUUGUGGGUCUGUACUUCUCCUUGAGCUUACACGGUUCAUGCAAGAACUUCACCCCAAAGCUUGUUGAGAUGUACAAAAAACUAAAGGAAAGUGGACAUAACUUUGAGGUUGUCUUGGUCUCCCUAGAUGACGAGGAGGCAUCCUUCAAGCAGGGAUUUGCUGGCAUGCCUUGGCUUGCGAUCCCCUUCAAGGACAAAACUUGUGAAAGGCUCGUCCAUUAUUUUGAGCUUAAGACUAUCCCAACACUUGUUGUGAUUGGUGCUAAUGGGAAGACAUUGAUUCUCAAUGCUGCGGAUCUUGUUGAAGAUCAUGGGGUUGAGGCUUUCCCCUUUUCUCCAGAGAAGUUGGAGGAACUUGCAGAGAAGGAGAAGGCAAAAUUGGAGGCCCAGACUCUUGAGUCCCUUCUUGUUUUAGGGGAGCAAGAUUAUGUUAUUGGAAAAGAUGGCAUCAAGGUCCCUGUCUCAGAACUUGUAGGCAAGAACAUCCUCCUCUACUUCUCUGCUUAUUGGUGCCCCCCUUGUCGUGCCUUUUUACCAACACUCACUGAGACCUACAACAAGAUCAAAGCCAAGGACCAAAAUUUUGAACUUAUCUUCAUAUCCAGUGACCGAGACCAGAAGUCUUUUGAUGACUACUACUCAUUAAUGCCAUGGCUCGCUCUACCUUUUGGCGAUGAUAGAAAGAAAUCACUUAGCAUGGCAAUUGGGCCAACAGGAAAGACAGUGACGCAGGAGGCCAGAGAUAUGAUAAUGGAACAAGGAGCAGAUGCCUAUCCCUUCACUGAGGAGCGUCUAAAGGAACUAGAGGCAGAGAUAGAGGAGGCGGCUAAACAAUGGCCUGAGAAGCUGAAGCAUCCUCUUCACAAAGAGCAUGAGCUUGUUCGAGCCAAACGUAGAGGAUACACUUGUGAUGGUUGCGAAGAGGUAGGAAGUGGAUGGUCCUUCUAUUGUGACGAGUGCGAUUUUGAUCUCCAUCCCAAUUGUGCUCUUAGUAAGGAGGAUAAAGGGAAGGAUGAUGGUGAUGCUGAUGAUCAUGAGGUGAAGAAGGAAGGUUAUGUUUGUGACGGGGAUGUGUGUUACAAAGCUUAGUAAGAGAGAUUUGGCUUCUCUUUAUGAUGAUUGUGCGAUGGGGAGGCGUGCUACAAAGCUUAGUAGGAGGGCUUCGGCUUGUACUUGUGAUUAUUUAUCUUGCAUACUUGUAUGUAUACCGUUACUUGUCAAAUAAAUCUUGCACCUUUCUUAGAUUUUGGGCAAUAGCAAUGACAUAUGAUUUUGGUA